AUGCCACAAGUCCCAAUCAACGAAUCCAUUCUACCUAUGCCUCUCCAGUUCCAGUCUGGGUCGAUGAACAAUAUGGCCGUUCCGGUUUCCCCUCCAAACAGCACCUCCCUCGACAGACAGACCCCAAAAAUCUCCGGCCAUGAGGAAAGCAGCACUUGCGAUACCCAAAUCACUCCGCUGCCCUCGUUAUUUCCCCUAGAAGCAGGAGAUACCUGGAGGAAUCAAGGUAGUCCACAACCCGCUCUCUGGGACUAUCGGCUCGACCAAGAAUGGGAGACUCUGCUCACCGGAGAUGACUUUGACUUGGAUGCUGUGAACUUGUCUCUGCUUCAUGCGACGUCUGACUUUGUGCCCGCGAUCGAGUCAAUACCUGAACCGAGUCUCCUCCCACCCCGCGAACAGUCCGUACCGGAUACCGGCAACGACCUCGUCAAAGGGCGGGCGAAUGCGAUUCAAAGAAAAUGGCAUACUUUCUCCGAGCCUUUUUCCUCGGGCCAGAUGACCCCUGAUGUGUCCCAAGAGGGCAGUUUCAUUGACGAGUCCUAUCGCAAACGACUAGUCGAGCGCCUUCAACCCCGUGUCCAGCAUGGGAUUCUUCCUUCGACUCCGUUUCUGGACCUUUGUAUCCAAGCCUACUUUUCCAAAUUUCACCCUCUGUUCCCUGUGGUGCACAUGCCUACCUUCCGGCCCGGUACUCAGAACUCAGUGCUUCUACUCUCCAUCUGCUCAGCAGGUAGCCUAUUUGUUGGCUCGACACGAGCGAUCACGCAUGGCAUUAGCAUGUUCGAAAGGCUUAACAAAGCUAUUCUAGCCUCGUGGGAUACCUACGUUUCAAAGCCGGGGUCAUCAUCUCUUAUAUCUCUCCAGGCUGUUCUUAUAGCGCAGACCUUUGGUCUGCUGCUCGGUAGACCCAAAGACCUAGCUGGGAUUGAAAUGUGGCACGGAAGUAUUGUCUCUUGGGCGCGCAAAGCAAAGCUCUUCCACCCCGAACCCUCGGAAUGCAAUAUCCUCGACUUAUCUGGCGAGGCACUAGAGAACGCCUGGAUGGACUGGAUCCAGACAGAAGUGAAGAAGCGUAUCGUCGUUGGGCUACACAUCCAUGACGCCGAAUUCGCAAGACUCUAUCACCAUGAACCCUUCCUCCGGCACUCACUCAAUCGACUUCCCCAAAUCUCUUCGAACGAACUCUUCACUGCACCCAAUUCACUCCACUGGAAAACACUCGUACUAGAAACACAAAGGACACUCGAUAACACCGCCAUACCAGGCGACUUCGCUCUCUCCGGGAUGCUCGAAUCAAUCAGCGCUCUAGCCUGCGAACACCGCGAGGCCAACACCGCCUGGCCAUCCUCACCCACCAGCACGACCAACUGCCACGACCUGCUCACGACAUGGUACACUCAGUUCCACCGCAGCCAACAAGGCAAGCCAUCCUGGCUCUGCCUCAUGAUGCUAUGGCACUCGGUCUUCAUCCUCCUCCACGCCGACAUUGACGCACUAGAAUGUGCCUGUGGCCGUGACGGCGCCGACGCAGCCCAGCGGCGCCGUGCUUACGCACUUUCCUGGUUGCGGUCGGCAGAUGCGAAGCGCUGUCUCUUGCACGCGCUGCUGAUCCAGAAGAACUUUGAGUCUCUGCCCGCUGGCGCGGAGUCGUCGAUCCAUGUCCCCAUGUGUUUGUACUACUGCGGCAUUGUCUGGUCGUGUUUUAUGUGCUUUGCGGGCGACGCUGAGGCCGGCGGGAAUCCUGUCACCGUUGAAGCGGCGGAUACGUUACAUUUCGCGGAGUUGCUGCUUCCUGGUGUUGAUGGGAUGGGCUUCUUUGCUGAUCAGACGCGUGGAUUGUCGCCCAGGCGUCUGGCUACAGGGUCGUUGUUUCGCAUUAUUGAUCUGUUGAAUCGUAUCAGUCAUUGGAAGAUUGCGCAGAGUCUGGCUUCGACGCUUUUGGCGCUGGUGGAGGAGACGCAGGAUUUAUUCUGA